CUAUAAGGCUAGAAAUAGAAGCAUUACAGCUGCGUGUCAGAUGUCCUGUUCAGUUCCGUUCCCGUGCAUAGCCGCCAUCCUCAUGCGAUCCCAACUCCCUGUCUCUCUCAAGGAUCUGAAGGUCGCAAGCAACACUUACAAGAUCUGUGAUACGAAUCCAACAAGAUUUUACUUAUUUUUUAAAUUAUACAAAAAUAACUGUAAAAUCAAUUUCCAUGGAGAAAACACCCACCUCAAUGCGUUGUGCUGAAAACGCAAGUGAGAAGGUUGAUAAAGGUGGGUUGUGUUUGGAGGAUCGCGUUAGUGGACUUCCUGAUGGUGUACUCGUUUCAAUCUUGAAACUAUUGACCAUGAAAGAAGCUGCAAGAACUAGUUUCCUAUCAAAGAGAUGGAGGUACAUGUGGACACACAUUACUCGUUUGAACUUUGAUCCCUCCUCACAUAUAAUCCAAGGAAUCUGUGAGCGACAAAAGGAAGUUGAAGUAGAAAGGCCAUUGUAUUUGAGUUGGGUUAAUCAAGUCUUGACAUCCCACAACGCUCCAACUAUAGAUGAAUUCAGAGUUCGAUUUGAUUUUGGAGAAAGUUCCACACUUGAUAUUAACAAUUGGGUUAACUUUGCAAUGGAAAAGAGAGUUAAAAUCCUUGAGUUAGACUUGGCAGAAUGUACUGAUUAUAGUAGAGAGGAAGAGGAUUACAAUUUUCCUGACCCGGAUGGUAUUAUAAAUCACUUGCAUUCAUUGCCUUUUGGAUUUACUAGUUGCAACUUCUUGACCAAUCUCCUAUUGACACACGUCAAUGUAACUGGACAAGUUCUCGAGUACUUCUUAACUAACUUCCCAAAUUUGGAACAAUUGUAUGUGAAAGAAUCUGACGCUCUUGUAAAUCUGAAAGUUCCUGAUCUAGCACUCAAAUUGAAGCGUUUGGAGAUAACUUUCUGCUUUAAUGUGGAAAGUAUUGAGAUUUCUGCGACGAAUCUCGUCUCAUUUAAGUACUUCGGACCAAAAAUAAGUUUGCCAUUUAAGAAUGUCCAAUCUCCUGUGGAUUUGUAUAUCGGGGGUGAAUAUUGCAUUUAUCUAAUAUAUAAGUUUUUGGAUAUUUCAAGCUAUCUUUCUAAACUAGAGAGCCUUGCACUAGAGAUGACCUCUAUGAGGAAGAUUUAUCUUCGACAUACUAAAUUUCCUGUAUUUAAUAAACUCAAGCGAUUGAAGGUGAUAAUUAAUGCAAUAGAUGAUGAAAGCCUUAUGGAUUUUACUUUCCUGAUAGAGGCAUGCCCUUUCUUGUCUAAAUUUGUGUUGGAGCUACGAUGGUUCAAGUCCCUUCGGAAAAGAAAACAGCAUAAGUUUACGUCUCGGCCCCAUCAUUACCUUAAGGUGGUGGAACUAAUUGGUUUUGUUGGGCGUACAAAUGAUGUUGAGCUUGCCAUGUAUUUAAUUAAGAGUGCUGUGAAUCUUGAGAAGAUUAUUUUUGAUCCUCGCAGUCCAUCCAUUAUAGGAACUCCAUGGGAGUUCACGAACCAAAAGAGGAAAACAAUAGCGAGAAAGCGUGCCAAGAAGCUUGGAAGCAAACUUCCUGCUGCAGCAGAUUUGAUAAUCCUUUAAUUAUAUGUUUGUCUAAGCUAUCCUUGGAAAAGUUCUUUACUGCAAUAUCAUAAUUUUGUUACUUUACUUUUUCAA